AUGAACGUUCAAAGCCAAGCCAUGUCUGCCAACACCUUCAACGCUGGUGGUAUCGGCAUGGGAGGAAUCGGCGGCAUCGGUGGCGGCAUCGGUGGUGGGGCCUCCAUGGCCAUCAGCCAACAAGCCUACAGCGCCUCGUCGGUCAUCAGCUCCUUCCAGUCCCUCACCAACAUGAUGAGCAACAUGCAAGCCAGCCUCAUUGCCGGCCAAAUGUCCCAGUCGAUGGCCAUGCAGCAGGUUUCAACACUCGCUCAGAGCUUCCAAAUGGCCAUGAACCAGGCCAACACCUGUGUACCUUGCUUCAUCGGUGGCCAAUUUGGCGGAGUUGCCUCGAGCACCAUGUCCAUGCUCACCCAAUUCAUGAGCCAGAUGUCGAGCACCUUCGGUGUCAACAGCCUCCCUCAGAUCUUUUCCCCGUUCUCCGGUCUCGGAAGCGUCUUCUCGUCGUUCUUCAGCCAAGCCUUCAGCUCGCAGUCCUCGCUCAGCUACAGCAGCUUGAUCCCAAGCAGUUUCCCCGGUCUCAUGGGCAGUGUCAUUCCCGGUCUCCCCGGCAUGCUCAACCAGUUCAAGAAGAAAUAG